AGCAUUAAAGUUGCUGAUGGCAGCCAUCACAUUGGCAACUAUAUGGAACCGUUAAUUUUUCAUAAUCCCUCAUAGGCGACCUAGACAAUUAAGUGUAGUUUCAUACAACAUACUGCAUAUUACGCAAAUAAACAGUCUUAGAAAUACAUUUAAUAUUUUUGGACCUACUCGUCUCUCGCAAACUGAGUUGUCCGGGAUGUGGAGUUACUUUCUCACCUGUGUGCUCGUCUUGGCCAAAGAUGCUGUUGCGCUUAGCAAGGUGUUUGGCGAGGUGGAGCCGGUGCGGAUGACGUCCGAGGGCUCGGACUGCCGCUGCCGCUGUGUGAUGCGGCCGCUGGCUGUGGAGGCGUGCGUGCGCCUGCGCGAAGGUGGCAGUGGCCGGCCGGAGGAUUACUACGCCGUGGAGACGGUCAGCUCGGGCACCGACUGCAAGUGCUCGUGCACGGCGCCGCCGUCUGCACUCAACCCCUGCGAGAACGAGUGGCAGACGGAGAAGCUCAAGAGGCAGGCGCCAGAGCUGCUCAAGCUACACUCUAUGGUGGACCUCCUUGAGGGAAUUUUGUACAGUAUGGAUCUACUGAAGGUCCAUGCAUACAUGAAUAAAGUUGUGGCCCAGAUGAACAGCCUGGAGGAGACCAUCAAGACCAACCUGAGUCGAGAGAAUGACUUUGUGAGGGACAGCAUAGUGACUCUGAGCAACCAGCUGAAGCGAUAUGAGAACUACUCUGACAUCAUGACCAGCGUCAAAAAAGAGAUUUCCAACCUGGGUCUACAGCUGCUGCAGAAAGAUGCUGCCCCUGAUAACAAAGCACAGAACACAGAGACAAAGAAAGCCAAGGAGACAGUGAAAUCCCCCAACAAGAAAAGCCCAGGCUCCAAACCACCUCCCAAGGCCCCCAAAGAGAAGCCGGCCAAGGCCAAGAAAGAGCCCCUGAAACCAGGCAAGCCAGGCAAGCCUGACCCCACAGCCAAGACCAAGACGCUGGGCCACCAGGGUGGAGUGAUCCGGGGCAUCACCUACUACAAGGCAGCCAGGACGGAGGGCUCUGUGCCCAGCUCUGGGGGGAAGGGAGACCGAGAAAACUCUGCCAAAACUCACACAGUCCACCACAUAGAAGGCAAGGACGGUUCCAAAGUUGUCCUGGAGACCGUUGAAGCCAUGUCCUCCACAGCUGCGCCAACAACAACAACAACAACAGCAACAGCAACAGCAACAACAACAACAACAUCAGCCACAACCACCAGAAGCCCCACCACCAGUAUGAUCACCACAACAACCACCUCAGAACGUCCGCAGAUGGACAUUAUCACCCUCCCCACCACCACUGCCACGCCCAACUCCACUGGUGACCCACUGAUUCCAGGGAUACCUGUCCCUACAGCCACAUUAGAGCCAGACAGCAGGGAUGGUGGAGAUCGAGGCUUCUCUCACAGAUCAGAAAAGACAUCAGAGUGUGAGGGCACCAUAAAGUCCAUAGAGCUGCCAGAGAAACAUCACAGCUAUGGGCGGAACGAAGGGGCCUGGAUGAAGGACCCGGUUGCCAAGGAUUCCAAGAUCUAUGUAACCAACUAUUACUAUGGCAACAACUUGGUGGAGUUCCGGAACUUGGAGAACUUCAAGCAAGGGCGCUGGAGCAACCUAUUUAAGUUGCCUUACAACUGGAUUGGCACGGGUCACGUGGUCUACGAUGGUGCCUUCUACUACAACCGCGCCUUCACCAAGAACAUCAUCAAGUACGACAUGAGGGCACGCUACGUGGCGGCCUGGACGCUCCUCCACGACGCCGUCUACGAGGACACCACGCCCUGGAAGUGGCGCGGCCACUCCGACAUCGACUUCGCCGUGGACGAGAGCGGCCUGUGGGUCAUCUACCCGGCACUGGACUACGAGUACGGCAGCCAGAACGAGGUCAUCGUGGUCAGUCGGCUGGACCCAGGGGACCUGAGCACGCGCAAGGAGACCACGUACCGCACGGGCCUGCGCCGCAACUCCUACGGCAACUGCUUCCUGGUGUGCGGCGUGCUGUACGCGGUGGACGCCUACAACCAGCGGGAGGGCGAGGUGGCCUACGCCUACGACACACACACGGGCACGGAGGCGGCGCCACGGCUGCCCUUCACCAACCUCUACGCCUUCACCACACAGGUGGACUACAACCCUAAGGAGAAGGUGCUCUACGCCUGGGACAACGGACACCAGCUCACCUACACCCUCAACUUUGUCGAACAGUGAGGGGAAGCACGAGGCUUCUUCGCAAACAUCAGCUGUUUGUUUGCGGUGCUGUUUCAUUGGCAGGAAAUGACAUACAGGGACUUCCUGAACCCUUACAUGGAACUUUUGGUGAUGAAAAAGUCCUGACAAAGUCCUGAAAUCAUUACUGUAUUAUAUUAUGUAAAAUACUGCAUGAUUACCUACCAAACAUACUGUACGUCCAUGGAGACUGAGUUUUAUUGGAAUGUUGUGUUAGCUGCUGGCUGUGUUAGCUGCUGGCUGUGUUAGCUGCUGGCUGUGUUAGCGGCUGGCUGUGUUAGCUGCUGGCUGUGUUAGCGGCUGGCUGUGUUAGCUGCUGGCUCUAGCAACUCGAUAGGUAAAACCGAUUGUUUUCCUUUUUUUUACCAACAGUUCUCGGAGACCUCCAGAAACAGAGAUCUAUGUGAAAACUCACCAGAUUUCUCCUUUAACAAACAAACAAGGCAAUAAUAAUACAACUUAACACUUUUUUUAUGACGCCAUAUCUCAAUUUAAAAUGAGACACACAUUUAGAUAUCAAACUCUGUCAUUAGCUGAAAGAUGUACAUUUGAUUAUUUUUGUCAUUAAACGCAUUAUUGCUAUCUUUUGCCAUCAAUGUGUAUGUUAGGGUGACUACACAUUGGAAAAAUAUACAAAUAAUAUUUCCAUUUUUUUUUUAAUUUACUGUCAGAUGAACGUUCGGUCAGAUAUUUAAACAAUUCAUGUGUACAGUGUGUAAAACAUUUCAAUAUUUAAAUCAGCAGUAAAGUGUAAAACAUUCCUUUUAAUGUACAUAUCUUUGGAAAACUUCCUAUAGCAUCAAUUACCUGGUCUAUUCCAAAUUAUAACCUCAAAUUCACUUUGAAAUAUUUAUUAAAUAGCUUCUAGUCAGCUGAAUUUUUUUUAUCAUGUUAAUUGAUGUGUUCCGAGAGAAAACAUGCAUUUUGGUCGAAAAUAAUCAUCUCACAAUGCUAUGAUGGCAUGUAUUGUACGAAAAUAAAAUUUCUCUAAAAACGAAA